ACACGCGCGCUCGCUCCUGCUUUGAUGUGGGAGCGCGCUUUGACACGCGGUGAUUAUUUGUAAACAGCUGUUCCGCGCGCCAUCGGUCACCGCUCCGUUCAUAAGUCUGUUACUUCUAUUUUUUUUUUUUAUCAGUCAUGCUCCAACUGAAUGAUUCAGUUGAGCCAGAAAGUCCAGGAGCUGCCGUGUUGCAUACCGCCGACAGUGAAGAUGGUUUAGAUGUGGCGUUCACACAACCGAGAGCCACUGCCGCUUCGGUUGGAAGGGUGGCCUGCUGCUCCCCGCUGCAAACCCUCACCCCUUUCCAUGUUCACAAUCCCACCGUACAGGCCAGAGUGAAGGACUACUUCGUGUUCAGGCCAGGCACUAUUGAGCAAGCUGUGAAUGACAUCCGAGUUGUGGCCGUGCCUUCUGAGGAUGGAGAGGUGCAGAGCGUUUGGCUCCUUACAGAGAUUGACCAUUGGAACAAUGAAAAAGAGCGCCUAGUACUAAUCACCGACAGGUCCCUUUUGAUCUGCAAGUAUGACUUCAUCAGUCUCCUGUGUCAACAAGUGAUCAGGGUCUCUCUUAAUGCAGUUGAUACCAUCUCACUUGGAGAGUUUGAGUUUCCUCCUAAGUCCCUGAACAAGAGAGAAGGGUAUGGUCUCCGUGUACAAUGGGAUAAGCGGUCUCGUCCUUCUUUUAUCAGUCGCUGGAACCCAUGGUCCACAGACGUACCAUAUGCUACAUUUACUGAACAUCCAAUGGCUAAUGCUGAUGAGAAGAUAGCCACACUCUGUCAGUUGGAGAACUUCAAAAUGCAACUUAUCCAAGCUGUCAAAAAGGCCCACAAAGAAAACCCUCUUCCUGGCAGAGCGAAUGGGGUCCUCAUUCUUGAGCGUCCUCUCCUCAUAGAGACCUACCUGGGGCUGAUGUCCUUCAUCAAUAAUGAGGCCAAGCUCGGCUAUUCCAUGACCAGAGGCAAAAUUGGAUUUUAAAGUGUAGCUUUCUAAUUUUGCUUUCCCCUGUGUGUGAAACUUACUAUUUUGGGAUACAGCUUGCUAAUUUUACUUGUCAGCUUAUACUGCAAAGUGAGCCCACAUAUUAGUUUGUCUGUCUGUCUGAUUACAACUCGUAAUUACUGAUAAUUUGAGGCUAAAAACAAGCAGCACAAUUCUGACUUUACAGCCACGUGCCUAAUUCUUGUGCUCCAUGCCUAAUUCUUGUGCUCCAUGCAUUUUAAGAUUGACCAUUUUUAAACCCAAUUUGUAAGAGUAUUGUGGAACUCUAACAAAGGCUUUUCUGUGGCAAUGGCGUGAGAGCCAGGGCUUUGUUGUUUACAUGAUUGCCUCUAGCCUGGCUCUUGUGACAGUUGUUAUCGUUUUGUGGAACAGUUGGACAAGCACCUCAUGAUCAUCCUUAAUAUGCACUCGGGUUUUACUUUCCAGAGUAUGCACUGUAUUUACAUUUGUGGGGAUGAAGAUUUUCAGAUCACGUGCACCGUCUCUUAAGGGGUAGCAGCCCUAAGCAGGUACGCGGCUCUCAUUACAAACAUCUUCUUGUACCUCAUUUCAGUUUCUUCCUCUGGAAAAUCUCACCCAUUAAACAGUUCUCUGGCCCAGUUGAUGGUUUUUAGCUUCUCUUUCACAUGCCAAGGUUUUUCUUUUUGUAUGUUUCCAAAACUGCUAGCAAAAGCACAAACUUUAUUGAAAUGUUUUGGUACAAGUUUUGAAAUUUGUCAUUUUUCAUAUGUUAUUACUUUUUUUAUAGGUGAAAACUAUGUGACUGCCUGUUUAAGAUAACCUUUAUUCAUAAUUUACUGUAUGUUUUUGCUACACUAAUCUCAUUACUUGCAGUUAACUGCUAAACUAAAAUAGCAGUGUAUAUGUGGGCAUAGAAUUGAUUUGCCAAGAAUCGGUUUGCAGCCUUAGGAUGGCAGCAAACUAAUUAAGCAAGUUAUCCUUUACAAAUGUAGCAGAAACAAAUCAGAAGAUCAUGAAAAAAUCACUCCAGAUGGUCAAGUUUGGAACUGGAGAUAUGCAACAAACUUAUACAUAAGUUAAAAAAAAUAAACAGCUGAGCCAACUAAUUCCUGUAACUCACAGUAAAGGCCCUUCCAGUUUGCUGUUUGAGCUGUCCAUUUUCUUAAGAUAUUAUAAAGCACUACAUGAAUUCAUAUCUCAGGUGUUUAAAUACCUUAGAAUUUCACUCAUAGCAGUGGCGUCUGGAGGUGCCAGUGUUAAGUUUUGAGGUGAAAAAUGUCCCGUAUUUUUAUUAUCUUGUACAGUCUUAUUCAGUUCUCAGAAAUAAAAUGCAUAUGUAUCACAGUAGAGGCACAUUUCCAGUGUAAAAGUGCAGCUGUCUUUUAAGAAAAACAAAAAAUUUUAACACUUGAUUUCCUUUAGAUCACCAUAACAGUAACAUGCCCCCUGUGCUUUGGGUCUGCUCUCACAUUAGUGGACGUCCCAGUUGGAGUGUUCAGCUGGAGCGUGUAGCCUCACACGAGGAAGGCAUCUCCUGGAGUUAGAAAUAAGCAGAGUGGACAGCCUGACUGGAGAGCUCCCUCUGAUGGAAGGAAGGCUUCAUGCCACUGGGCUCACACUGAUAAACGUUCAUGAAUUAAGAAUUUAGUGUUCUUUCUGUUGCCUGUUUAAUAUUACAUUUUUAGUCUUGUCAAGCAGUAUUGUGAACAUAUCUCACAUUCUAUAAAUAAACCUGCAUGUUACCUGAAUACGUUGCACACAUAAACGGCCAUAGUGGGCCAAGUGGGAAGUCAGGGCUGUCAGGAGUUGCUGCUUGUUUUGAAUCUGAACAUUUGCUCCGCAUUUGAAAAAACCCCAAGGCUACCUUUAAUAAACAGACUACAUGGAUGUGUGCAUUCUUUGAGAAACUUGUAGUACUUUAAAUUGAAAGCAACAUCCUUGGCUGAGCUCCUUCUUUUUUUUUUUUUUUUUUUUUUACAUAUAACCUAGUCCUCCUUUUACUGUAUGGAAGAAGCAGGAAAAUAUUACAGAUGGCACAAAAGUUUACUUUCUAGUGCAUUAAUCCUGAAAUGCAGUCAUUUUUAAUUAAAGAAUUCCACACUGUGAUUUGUAUUAAGUAAACUUGGAAAGCUUAAUUUUUUUUUUUUUUUGAAACUGCGUAAGGUUGUCUCCUCUGCAUUAUAUUUGACAGCCAUUUCCUGAAUUGGGACUAACAAACUUUACCAUUUUGUGCUCCAAUUUGCUAGCCUUGCACCUGUCAUUGGCAGCCCACUCCCUUCACAUUUGCAGACCCUAAUUAUUUAAAAUUAUUGCAGAUGAUGGGCUUUAAUUUCCUCCGUGGGUCCAAGGGGUUUCUUCUGAAGCGACAUGCCUUAAUCAUCCCUCUACUUUGCUUCUGGGUGCUGGUAUUUAUUUGGUUUUCUUUUAAAGGUGCUACAGUGUUGAGGUCUGCAUUUGCCAGAAUGCUCUGUCUUGUGUACAAAUCAACUUUCAUUUUCUGGAAUAGUUAGUUGGAAUGAUGACAUGUUUUUGCACCUGAUUAAUAUUUUAAAUUUAAAAAAUUAAAAAAUGCUUAAAUAAGACCAACUUUAAGAUGUUCAGCUGUGUGAGAUCUUUUUGAUUUUUAUAAAAAGCAUUAAUGGAUAUAAGAAACUGUAGAGCUAUUUGUACUUCAUCUUUUGAGUUACAAAAAUACUUGGACUGUACCAAAGGCAUCUUUAACUUUCCAUUCUUUUAUAUUUAAGGACUUAGAUAUUUUUUGUGUGGGAAAUGGAAGUUUAACAAAAUGUAAACUAUCUGAAUAGUGGGGCUUAUAUUCCACUCUGGCAGACAGCUUAUUUGUGUUUUUUACUGUGGUUUUUUUGUUUUAUUUAAUUCUUAAUGAUGUCCCCCCCCCACUGCCUAAUUACAUAAAUUGUCUAGAACACUGCCUUUCAGAAGGCUUGUUUUGUUAAAAAUGCCCACACUGUAUUUCUGUGUCAUAUUUUAUACUGCACUUUUUUGGUAAUAAAUAUAGAAGGCACUUUAAAGGCCGGGAAUGUAAUACGCAUUUGCACCUGCACCGUUUUUUUUUUUUCCCGUGGUUGACUUCAGUUCUGUACACUGACUGCCUUUGUACACACUAAGCAUUGCCUGUAUCCUUUGAUGUACUACAUGUACACCCUAACUAUUGCUUGCAAAUAAGUUAUAAUGGGAAGAAAGACAAUAAAUAAAACUACUUCA